AUGUUCACCUCCCCAGCCGUAGUAAUAGACAACGGGUCCUACACCACAAAAGCAGGGUUUGCUCUGGAAGAUUUACCUUCGCUUGUCUUUUCCUCCAAUUACCAAAAGCACAAUGACACUGUGCUCGUGGGCGAGAACAUGCAACCCGAGCACGAAGUCAUGACUUUGAUAGAUAACGGGUUGAUUUAUGACUUCGAGAACAUCAUUCACAACUGGGAGCACGUCUACAAGCAUAUCGACAACCUGAGUCCCAUCGAUGCCAAGGAGUAUCCAUUGGUGUUGACUGAACAAUCGUGGAACACAUCAAAAAAUAAGUUGGCUACUGCCCAGUUAGUCUUCGAGAACUUACAAGUACCUAUUUUCUCGUUGGUGAAGAAUCCUUUGGCACAAUUAUACAGAGUGGGAAAGCUGACAGGCUUGGUGAUUGAUAUCGGAUCCUCGGUCGCAAGUGUCACUCCUAUCUUGGAUGGAAUCAUCCAAACCAAAAGUUCAUUUCACCUGAAAUACGCCGGUGAUUUCUUGAACCUCCAUGUUUUAAACUACGUGCAGUCCAAAACCACUCUCGAAUCGUUAUUACCUUCACAAUUCCAAAACGCAACUGAUUCCUUUAAACACCACUACACCAGUCAUCAUUUCUUGCAAGAGUAUAAGAAUUUAACCUUGAACUUCCAAUUAUCAGACUAUCAAUUGUAUAACCAUCAACACAUCUCACUUGCUGACCAACCAAGCUACCUUGAAAACCUAUUCCAGCCAAACUUGAACAAAUUGCCAAACGUUACUAUUCCUGAGCCGGUAGUUGACAAGCCACACACUCAUGGUUUAACCAACUUGAUUUUCUUGUGUCUCAAGAGUUUGGAAGGCACUUUAUUACCAAAUGAUGGGAGUGCUGGUAGUGGAAGCCACAACAAGUUUGCCAGAUUCAACGAAAUCUUCAAGGGAUUGUUAUCUAACGUGUUGAUUACAGGUGGUACCUCGUUAGCGAACGGUUUGAUCGAUCAGGUUUUGAACGAUUUAAGAAUCUUGACACCAAAAUACUUCCCUAACUACAGUUAUAGUCCAUACUCGAUCACCCAAAUAUCUAACUUAAGCCCUGCAAGUGAUAUCAACGAGGUUUGGGAUAAACAAUUCAGCGGAUGGUUGGGUGCUUGCAGUUUGGCCAGUAUGUUGAACGACGGCAACCAAGACUCACUGAACAUUGCCUUGGAUAACUGGUUUGUUACCAAGAGUGACUACGAAGAAUUGGGUGAAGAUUUGAUCUUGGAGAAGUUCAAGUAA